AUGUCCUGCCAGCAGAGCCAGCAGCAGUGCCAGCCCCCUCCCAAGUGCCCUCCCAAGUGCCAGACCCCCAAGUGCCCCCCAAAGUGUCCUCCUAAGUGCCCUCCCGUGUCUUCCUGCUCUGGCUCCAGCUCCGGGGGCGGCGGCUGCUGCCUGAGCCGCCACACGCCCGGCAGCUCUCUGCCACCGCGACCCCCGAGCUCCGGCUGCUGCAGCCGGGGCCGCGGCGGGUGCACCUGUGGCAGUGUCUGCACCUGUGACAGUGACUGCCCCUGCUGCGGAGGCAGUGGACGGCAGUCUGGGGGCUCCGGUGGCUGCUGA